AUGCCGAGUAUCCAACUGUCUGAGCCGAUACGCCAUCUUGUUGGCUCUCUAAUCAGUAUUCUUAAACUUCCAGUCAAGGAGCUUAUCAAACAAUGGGCUCGAGAGCUAUCGGCCACCUCGUUCAACUCUUCUUCAGCUCAUCCUAGUUGCGUCAUUAUCAUUGUCGGCGUCCAAGUUUUUGCUUCUUCCCAAGCCUGCUUCACACCAGUAGUGCUCUUUUUCCCCUAA